UGAGCCAGGAGCAGCUGGAAGCCAUCAUUCCUUUACGAGCUUGAAGCAGACCCAGGCUCUGCAGCAUGGAGCUCCUCGGCGAGGCCCGGCUCCUCUGGGUGCUGCUCCUGGUGCUGGCCACCUUCCUCAUCUGGCUCUUCUUCUUCUGCUGCUACAGCUGGAACCACAGUUCAUCUCCCUCCCUGGAGACGUACCUAGCAGUGAUGCUGAAGAAGUCCAAACCCAAAGCUGCGGCUCAGAGGAGGAAAAAGCAGAAGGAGAAGCCGGCCGCUGGCGCUGGACCAGAGGAAGAGGUUCUGACCGAGCCUGCAGCCGCCGACCGAGAGGAUCUGGGUUCAGCAGCAGCGAGGAAGAGGAGGAGGAAGAAGCAGCCUCCUAAAGCCCAGGCUUCAGUGGAAACCCAGAAGAACAUGGAGGAGCUGAAGGAGAAGCCCAGGAGGAGGCCUCUGGUCCGGGCUGCGUCAGAGGAGAGCUCCAGCGAUCUGAGCUCCGUUAGCGGCUCGCCGUUUCCGGGCGACACGUUACCCUGGAACCUCCCUAAGCACCACCGCAUGAAGCGCUCCAAGUCGGCCUCUGGAGACGUUCUGGAACCGGCAGAGAGGGCUGUGAUCCGCAUCGCAGAUGAACGGGACCGGGUUCAGAAGAAGACUUUCACAAAAUGGGUCAACAAGCACUUGGUGAAGGCCCAGCGGCACAUCACCGACCUUUACGAAGACCUCAGAGAUGGACACAACCUCAUCUCGCUGCUGGAGGUCCUCUCAGGAGAGACUCUGCCGCGGGAAAAGGGACGAAUGCGUUUCCACAAACUGCAGAAUGUGCAGAUCGCUCUGGACUUCCUCAAACACAGACAGGUUAAACUGGUCAACAUCAGAAACGAUGACAUAGCGGAUGGGAACCCUAAGCUGACCCUGGGCCUGAUCUGGACCAUCAUCCUUCAUUUCCAGAUCUCAGACAUCCAGGUCAACGGUCAGUCGGACAACAUGACGGCCAAAGAGAAGCUGCUGCUCUGGUCCCAGCGGAUGGUGGAGGGCUACCAGGGUCUGCGCUGCGACAACUUCACCACCAGCUGGAGGGACGGCAGGCUCUUCAACGCCAUCCUUCACAAACACAGUUCUCUGAGCGGCUCUGAGUCGUCAGUGAAGGUGUGUAUCAGGAGGAACCUGCAGCUGGAGAGCAGAAGGUGUUACCCUGCAGUUGAGGAGAUGCUGAAGCUGAGGAGACGGUUUCAUCCCAAGAGGCGCCUGCGCAGCACCUCCAGCAGCACCGCGGGCUCCGUCAGCGACCUGGAGGACCGGGUGAUCAUGACCUGCGAAGACGUACCAGAUGAGAGCUCCUUCGGUUCCAGCUGGGGCCCCAGGGUCGGGUCCAGCCAGGGGUCCCAGAGGGGGGCCCUGGAAGCUGCUCUGAUCCACCUGUCCUCCGGGGACCAGCAGGACGUCGUUGACGUGACAGGCGUAAAAAAAGCCGCCUGUGGCGACGUUAAGAUGCUCAGAAUAACCUGUGAACAGAUCUGCGAUGUGGACGUUCCCCAUCCGGACGAGAAGUCCAUCAUCACCUACGUCUCCUCGCUGUACGACGCCAUGCCCAGGGUGCCGGACGUCCAGGACGGGAUAAGAGCCAAUGAGCUGGAGCUGCGCUGGCAGGAGUACUACGAGGUGGUCAGCAUGCUGCUCCAGUGGAUCAGACACCACAUCCUGGUCUUCGAGGAGAGGAAGUUCCCCAACAGCUACGAGGAGAUCGAGGUUCUCUGGCGUCAGUUCCUGAAGUUUAAGGAAACCGAGCUUCCGGCCAAAGAGGCCGACAAGAAUCGCUCCAAACACAUCUUCCAGUCGUUUGAGGGCGCCGUCCAGGCCGGGCAGGUCAAGGUGCCUCCUGGUUACCAUCCGUUUGACGUGGAGAAGGAGUGGGGGCGGCUGCACGUGGCCAUCCUGGAGCGAGAGCGCCUCCUUCGGAUCGAGUUUGAGAGGUUGGAGCGACUUCAGAGGAUCGUCAGUAAGGUCCAGAUGGAGUCGGGGGUGUGCGAGGAGCAGCUCAACCAGGUGGAGACGCUGCUGCAGACGGAUGUGAGGAUGAUGAGCGCCGGCAAACCUGCUCAGCACACGGCAGAGGUGGAGGCCGACCUGGAGAAAGCAGAGGGAAUGAUCCGCUUCCUCUUCGAUGACGUUCAGCGGCUGAAAGAUGGACGCCACCUGCAGGCGGAACAGAUGUACCGCAGAGUUUAUCGUCUCCAUGAGAGACUCGUAAACGUCCGCAGUGAAUAUAACCUGCGGCUGAAGUCGGGUGUGACCACCUCCCAGAUCCCCAUGACCCAGAUCCCCAUGACCCAGAUCCCCAUGACCCAGAUCCCCAUCACCCAGGUCCCCAUCACCCGGGUCUCCAUGACCACCGGCCUGAAGGAGUCCUCCAGCAGGCGACCAGAGCUGGAUGAGGUCACCCUGCGCUACGUCCAUGACCUGCUGGGCUGGGUGGAGGAGAACCAGCGGCGCGUGGAUGAAGGCGAGUGGGGCUCCGACCUGCCCAACGUGGAGGCGCAGCUGGGCAGCCACCGCGGCCUGCACCAGUCCGUGGAGGAGUUCCGCUCCAAGAUCGAACGGGCGAAGGCCGAUGAGAGUCAGAUUUCUCCCGCCAGUAAAGCUGCGUACCGGGAUUAUCUGGGGAAACUGGAGCUGCAGUACGGAAAGCUGCUGAACGCCUCAAAGGCUCGUCUGCGCUUCCUGGCGGAGCUGCACGCCUUCGUCAGCGCCGCCACCAAGGAGCUGAUGUGGCUCAACGAGAAAGAGGAGGAGGAGGUCAACUUCGACUGGAGCGAGCGGAACACCAACAUGGCCUCCAAGAAGGAAAGCUACUCGGGUUUGAUGAGGGAACUGGAGCUCCGGGAGAAGAAGGUGAACGGAGUUCAGGCCACAGGAGACAAGCUGCUGCGGGACGGACACCCCGCCAGGCAGACCAUCGAGGCCUUCACGGCGGCGCUGCAGACUCAGUGGAGUUGGCUCCUCCAGCUGUGCUGCUGCAUCGAGACGCACCUGAAGGAGAACACAGCCUACUUCCAGUUUUUUGCUGAUGUGAGAGAGGCUGAGGAGAGGAUGAAGAAGAUGCAGGAAGUGAUGAAGAGGAAGUACACCUGCGACCGCUCCGUCACCGUGACGCGGCUGGAGGAUCUGCUGCAGGACGCCGCUCUGGUCUCCUUCAGGCUGGACGGGAACCUGCAGAGGCUGCAGACCACCUGGCAGACCAUGUCUGUGGACCUGAAGAGUCUGUUAUCCUGGCAGUACCUGAUGAGAGACAUCCACAUCAUCAACUCCUGGAACAUCACCAUGUUUAAGACUCUGCGGGUGGACGAGUACCGGCUGGCUCUGAGGAACCUGGAGCAGCACUACCAGGACUUCCUGAGGGACAGCCAGGACUCCCAGAUGUUCGGGGCGGAGGACCGAAUGCAGGUGGAGUCCAACUACAACCGCGCCAACCAGCACUACCAGACCAUGGUCAGCUCUGCAGAGCAAGGCUUCGCGCCGCCCAGAGCAGUGAACUUGUUUUCCAGGCUGAAGACUGUCGACGUGGUGAUCCGGAACACUAACGAUGCUGAGGACUCGCUGAAGAACUACGAGACCCGUCUGCGGGACGUCAGCAAGGUUCCUGCCGAUGAGAAGGAGGUGGAGGAGCGGCGCAGCCAGCUGAAGGCGAUGCGGACUGAAGCCGAGGCCGACCAGGCCGUCUUCGACCGGCUGCAGGACGAGCUCCGCAGGGCGACGGCCAUCAGCGACAAGAUGAGCAGGAUCCACGGCGAGCGCGACGGCGAGCUGGAUCACUACCGGCAGCUGGUGAGCGGCCUCCUGGAGCGCUGGCAGGCUCUGUUCGCUCAGAUCGACCUGCGGCUGCGGGAACUGGACCUCCUGGGGCGCCGGAUGAGGAGCUACAGGGAGAGCUACGAGUGGCUGAUCCGAUGGCUGGGAGAGGCGCGGCAGCGGCAGGAGAAGAUCCAGUCUGUGCCCAUCGGAGACGGGAAGGCUCUCAGGGAGCAGCUGGCAGAGGAGAAGAAACUCUUGGAGGAAAUUGAGAAAAAUGAAAAAGAAGUCCAAAGCUGUCAGAAAAAUGCCAAAGCGUACAUCGAUUCAGUGAAGGAUUACGAGCUGCUGGUCCUGACCUACCGAGCUCUGCAGGAUCCCAUGGCUUCUCCUCUGAAGAAACCCAGGAUGGAGUGUGCUUCAGACGACAUCAUCCAGGAGUAUGUGACCCUGAGAACCCGCUACAGCGAGCUGAUGACGCUCACCAACCAGUACAUCAGGUUCAUCACAGACACGCAGCGCCGCCUGGAGGACGACGAGAAAGCUUCAGAAAAACUAAAAGAAGAAGAAAGAAGAAAACUGGCAGAGGUUCAGGCUGAGCUGGAAAAGCAGAAGCAGCUGGCCGAGGCGCAGGCGAAGUCCGUGGCCAAAGCAGAGCAGGAGGCCCAAGAGCUGAAGCUGAAGAUGAAGGAGGAGGCGGACAGGAGGCAGGAUGUGGCCGUGGACUCGGAGAAGCAGAAGCAGAACAUCCAGCAGGAGCUGCAGCAGCUGAGGAGCCUCUCUGAGCAGGAGAUCAAGUCCAAGAGUCAGCAGCUCAAGGAGGCGUUGGACAGUCGGACCAAGAUCGAGGAGGAGAUCCACAUCAUCCGGAUCCAGCUGGAAACGACGAUGAAGCAGAAAAGCACGGCCGAGUCCGAGUUACAGAACCUCCGAGACAAAGCGGCUGAGGCGGAGAAGCUCCGGAAAGCCGCUCAGGACGAGGCGGAGAGGCUCCGCAAGCAGGUCGCAGAGGAGACCCAGAGGAAGAAAAACGCUGAAGAUGAGCUGAAGCGUAAAGCUGAAGCCGAGAAGGAAGCGGCCAAGCAGAAGCAGAAAGCUCUGGAAGAGCUGCAGAAGUUUAAAAUGCAGGCCGAGGAAGCAGAGAGGCGCGUGAAGCAGGCCGAGGAGGAGAAGCUGAGGCAGAUCAAGGUGGUGGAGGAGGUGGCGCAGCAGAGCGCCGCCACCCACUUGCAGUCCGAAGCCAGGUCGUACAGCCAAAAGACGACAGAACUGGAGAACUCUCUGAGGAAAGAGCAGGGCACCGUCCUGCAGCUGCAGGAGGAGGCGGAGCGGCUCAGGAGGCAGCAGGAGCAGGCAGAGAAAGCCAGAGAGCUGGCAGAGCAGGAGCUGGAAACAUGGAGGCAGAAAGCCAACGAGGCCCUCCGCCUCAGGCUGCAGGCGGAGGAGGAGGCCCAGAAGAAGAGCCAGGCUCAGGAGGAGGCGGAGCGGCAGAAGGUCGAAGCCGAACAAGACGCCAAGAGGAGAACGAAGGCGGAGGAGGCGGCGCUGAAGCAGAAAGAAAACGCUGAAAAAGAGCUGGAGAAGCAGAGGCAGUUCGCAGAGCAGAUAGCGCAGCAAAAACUCUCCGCCGAGCAGGAAUGCAUCCGGCUGAAGUCCGACUUCGACCACGCCGAACAGCAGAGGGCGCUGCUGGACAGUGAGCUCCAGCGUCUGAAGAACGAAGUGAGCGCUGCAGAAAACCAGCGCAAGCAGCUGGAAGAGGAGCUGGCCAAAGUCCGCAGUGAAAUGGACGCCCUGCUGCAGAUGAAGGUCAAAGCGGAGAAGGAGACGCUGUCCAAGUCGGAAAAGAGCAAGCAGCUCCUGGAGUCCGAAGCUCUGAAGAUGAAACAGCUAGCCGAGGAGGCCGCACGGCUCAGAGCGGUCGUGGAAGAGGCAAAGAAGCAGAGGCAGAUCGCAGAAGACGAGGCGGCGCAGCAGAGAGCGGAGGCCGAGAAGAUCCUCAAGGAAAAGCUGGCCGCCAUCAACGAGGCGACGCGAUUGAAGACCGAGGCGGAGAUCGCCCUGAAAGCCAAGGAGGCGGAGAACGAGAGACUGAAGCGCAAGGCGGAGGAGGAGGCGUAUCAGAGGAAGCUCCUGGAGGACCAAGCUGCCCAGCACAAGCAGGAGAUAGAGGAGAAGAUCACCCAGCUGAAGGGCUCCUCUGACUCCGACAUGGAGAGGCAGAAAACUGUGGUGGAGGAAACUCUGAGGCAGAAGAAGGUGGUGGAGGAGGAAAUUCACAUCAUCAGGAUCAACUUUGAGAAAGCAUCGAAGGAGAAGUCCGACCUGGAGCUGGAGCUGAAGAAACUGAAGGAGGCGGCGGAUCAGACGCAGCAGAGCAAACUAAAAGCUGAGGAGGAGGCGGAGAAACUGAAAAAACUGGCAGCAGAGGAGGAGAAGAAGAGAAAGGAAGCCGAGGAGAAGGUGAAGAGAAUCGCUGCCGCAGAGGAAGAGGCGGCGCGGCAACGCAAAGCUGCUCAGGAGGAAGUGGAGCGACUCAAAAAGAAGGCGGAGGAAGCCAACAAGCAGAGGGACAACGCCGAGAAGGAGGCGGAGCGGCAGGCGGUACUGGCCAAGGAGGCGGCGCAGAAAUGCGGCGCCGCCGAGCAGAAAGCUCAGAAUGUUCUCAGCAAGAACAAGGAGGACCUUCUGGCUCAGGAGAAGCUCCGAGAUGAAUUUGAAAACGCAAAGAAGCUCGCUGAGGCUGCAGAGAAGGACAAAGAGAAGGCGGAGAAAGAGGCAGCGCUGCUUCGACAGAAAGCCGAGGAGGCCGAGAGGCAGAGAAAAGCUGCUGAGGACGAAGCCGCUAAACGAGCCGCCGCUCAACAGGAAGCAGAAAGACUGAGGAAGGAGGCAGAGGAAGAGGCAUCGAGGCGAGCCGCCGCCGAGGCAGCGGCGCUGAAGCAGAAGCAGCAGGCGGACGCAGAGAUGGCCAAACACAAGAAAGAGGCCGAAAAGGCACUGAAGCAGAAAUCCCAGGUGGAGAAGGAACUUUCAGCCGUCAAGCUGCAGCUGGAGGAAACAGACAAGCAGAGAGAAGUGCUGGAGGCGGAGCUUCAGAGAGUCAAAGGAGAAGUCCAUGAUGCCGUCAAACAGAAAGCUCAGGUGGAGGAAGAGCUUUCCAAAGUAAAGAAUCAGAUGGAUGAGCUCCUCAAAGUCAAACUCAAGAUCGAGGAGCAAAACCGUCUCCUCAUGCAGAAAGACAAGGACAGCACCCAGAAGUUACUCCAGGAGGAGGCCGAGAAGAUGAAGAACCUGGCAGCAGAAGCAGCCCGGCUCUCUGUGGAGGCUGAGGAGGCGGCCAGGCAGAGACAGAUGGCGGAGGCAGAUUUGGCUGAGCAGAGAGCGCUAGCUGAGAAGAUGCUGAAGGAGAAAAUGCAGGCCAUCCAGGAGGCAACGAGACUGAAGGCUGAAGCAGAGGAGCUCCAGAAACUCAAGGAGCAGGCUCAGGAGAAGGCACAACAACUGCAGCAGGACAAACGCCAGAUCCAGCAGCGCCUUGAGAAGGACACAGAGGACUUCCAGAAAUCUCUAGAGGUGGAGCGCACCAGGCACCGGGAAGCUUCUGCUGAGGCAGAGAAGCUGAAGCUCAGAGUCAAGGAGCUCAGCGAGGCUCGGUCCAAAGCCGAAGACGAGGCCAAGAAGUUCAAGAAGCAGGCAGAAGAAGCUAAAGGCCGUCUCCAGGACACAGAGAUACAGGUGAAGGAAACCGUUGUGCAGAAACUGGAGACUCAGAGGCUGCAGAGCAGCAGGGAAGCUGAUGAUCUGAAAAAAGCCAUAGCGGAGCUGGAGGAAGAGAAGAAGAAGCUGAGGAAAGAGGCCGAGGAGCUUCAGAGGAAGACUCAACAGAUGGCGACUGCCCAACAGGAGCAGAUUGAGCAACAGAAGGUCCUACUUGAACAAACGUUCCUCUCUGAGAAGGAGCUGCUACUGAAAAGAGAAAAGGCUGUGGAAGAGGAGAAAACAAAGCUGGAGAAACAGUAUGAGGAGGAAGUAAAGAAGGCAAAGGCGUUUAAAGAUGAACAGGAGCGGCAGCUCACACUCAUGGAGGAGGAGAGGAAGAAGCUGCAGGCCAUAAUGGACGAGGCGGUGAAGAAGCAGAAGGACGCUGAAGCUGAGGUGAAAAACAAAAAGAAGGAGAUGGAGGAGCUUGAAAAGAAGAGACUGGAGCAAGAAAAACUCUUGGAAGAGGAGAACAAAAAGCUCAGAGAGAAACUGCAGAGUUUGGAGGUUGCUCCUAAAAAGGGUACGUCCAAAACAAAGGAAAUAGAAGUUCAGACUGAACAAGUUCAGGAGGAACAGCUGGGAACCACCAGGAAAGUUCUCAAUGGCUCAGUAGAAGUGGACGGGGUGAAAAAAGAUGGCGGAUCCCCAUUUGCAUUUGACGGAAUGAGAGAGAAGGUUCCUGCAGAGAGACUUCUGGACAUUGGUGUCCUGAGCAAGAAGGACAUGGACAAACUGAAAAAAGGCAAAGUCACAGUGCAGGAGCUUAUGAAGACCGACAAAGUCAGAUCGUGUCUCAAAGGCCAGAGCUGCAUCGGAGGCAUCCUGACUCCAUCCAAAGAAAAAACGAGCGUCUACAAAGCCAUGACUGAGAACAAGAUCACCCCGGAGGCUGCUGCAAUGCUUCUGGAAGCUCAAGCAGCUUCAGGCUACAUUGUUGAUCCAGUGAAGAACAAACUUCUCUCCGUAGACGAGGCUGUUAAGGAGGAGUUAGUUGGACCUGAACUCCAUGAACGUCUCCUUUCUGCUGAGCGAGCGGCCACUGGCUUCAGAGAUCCAUACACCGGAGCUCGAAUCUCUGUGUUUGAGGCCAUGAAGAAGGGCCUAAUGGAUAAAGAGCAGGCCACCAAAUUCCUGGACGUGCAGCUUGCGACGGGUGGAAUCGUGGAUCCCAUCAACAGUCACAGAGUCCCACUCCAGACGGCUUACAAGCAGGGGCAGUUUGAUGCAGACAUGAACAAGAAACUCACAGAUCCCAGUGACGAGUCCAAGUUGUUCAUUGAUCCCAGCACUCAGGAGCCACUCACCUAUAAACAGCUACUGGAGAAGUGUACCAAAGACCCAGAAACGGGCCUGCUGAUUUUACCGGUUACAGAGCAAGCUGGUCAGAGAGAGAGAACAUACACGGAUAUGGAGACCAAAGAGGUGUUCAGCAGCUCCAAUGUCAACGUUCCAUUUGGAAAGUUUAAAGGAAAAACUGUCACCAUCUGGGAAGUGAUCAAUUCCGAGUAUUUCACUGAGGAACAGAGAAGAGAGCUGAUCCGGCAGUACAAGACUGGUAAGAUCACCGUGGAGAAAGUCAUCAAAAUCGUCAUCACUGUGGUUGAAGACAAGGAGAAGGAAAGCGGAAACGUCUUCAAGGGUUUGAGGGCUCCAGUGACCGCCAAUGAGCUCCUGGAGUCUAAGAUCAUAAACAAAGACUUGUUCAACAAACUGAGCAAUGGUAAGAUCUCAGUCAAAGAGGUUUCUGAGAUGGAUGCUGUAAAGAAGGCCCUGCAGGGUACCCCCAGCAUCGCAGGUCUCCUGAACGAACCUACUAAAGAGAAGAUGCCUUUCUAUCAAGCCUUGAAGAAAGAACUACUGUCCCCAGAGACAGCUGUGAAUCUUCUGGAAGCUCAGGCAGCAACAGGAUUUCUGAUCGACCCUGUGAAAAACGAACGCAUGCCUGUUGACCAAGCUGUUAAAUCGGGUCUCGUUGGUCCAGAGCUGCAUGAGCGUCUCCUGUCAGCAGAGCAAGCUGUCAGCGGCUACAGAGAUCCCUACACGGGGAAAAAGGUGUCCCUUUUUGAAGCCAUGAGCAAAGGCCUCGUAAAAAAAGACCAAGGAAUCCGUCUGCUGGAAGCCCAAAUUUCAACGGGCGGAGUUAUAGAUCCUGUUAAAAGCUGUCGCGUCCCCAAUGAAGUCGCCUACAAAAGAGGAUACUUUGAUGAAGAAAUCAACAAGACCUUGAACCAAAGCACAGAUGAGACAAAACUGUUUUAUGAUCCCAACUCACAGCAGGAAACCACCUAUGCACAACUCAUGGAUCAAUGUGUCAGAGACAAAGAGACCGGACUGCCUUUACUUCCUCUUUCAAAGAAGGCUCCAAAGCCGAAAGAGGACAAACAAAUAACUGAGGCCAAAACCAAAGAGGCUCUAAACGAGAAGACAAUGGAGCUGGAAUAUGGACAUUUCAAAGGAAGAAAAGUCACAGUUUGGGAGAUCAUAAACUCUGAAUACAUCACAGAGGAACAGAGAAUAGAACUGAUCCGACAGUAUAGAAUGGGACUGAUAACAAUCGAGAAGCUGAUUAAGAUUGUGAUUACGACGGUUGAUGAAAAAGAGGACAAACCAAAGGAAGAAGCUUGUUUUGAAGGCCUGAGAGAACGGGUCAGUGCCAGCUCACUUCUUGAUUCCAACAUUAUUGACAAGGCCACAUUUGAGCAACUUCAGCAGGGCAAAAAGGCCCCCAAAGACAUCAGCCAAACUGAUAAAGUCAGAAAGUACCUGCAUGGCUCCGACCGCAUCGAUGGCAUCACCAUGGAAGACUCUGAUGAGAAGCUGAGCAUAUAUGAAGCAAUGAAAAGGAAGGUCUUACAGCAUAACACUGGACUGGAACUUCUUGAGGCCCAAGCUGGGACUGGUUUUAUAACUGAUCCAGUGAAAAAUGAGAAAUACUCUGUGGAUGAUGCUGUUAAGGCUGGAGUCGUUGGCCCCGAGCUUCACGAGAAACUUCUGUCUGCUGAAAAGGCAGUGACAGGAUACAAAGAUCCAUACACUGGCAGUAAGAUUUCCCUGUUCCAAGCCAUGAAGAAAGCUCUGGUGUUGAGAGAGCACGCUAUUCCUAUUCUAGAAGCUCAGAUGACAACUGGUGGAAUCAUUGAUCCAGUCAGCAGCCAUCGUGUUCCUGUUGACGUCGCCGUCCAGCGUGGCAUCCUCAGUAAAGAAAUGUUAAAAUCAUUCAACGAACCGACAGGUGACAUUAAGGGCUUCACCAACCCGGGCACCAAUGAAAGGGUAACCUACAAACAGCUGCUGGAGACAUGCAUUCGAGAUCCCAACACAGGUCUGUGCUACCUGCCAUUGCCAAAGGGUGAAGCUCCUGCAACGACUGAGAAGUCCUACGAGUACACAGAGGAGCAAACUCAAAAAGAUCUAGCAAAUACUCCUAUUGAAAUCCCACAUCAGAGCUUUGCAGGAAGAACAAUGACCAUUUGGGACGUCAUGAACUCAAACAUGCUCCCUGAAAGCGAGAGACAGCGGCUGCUAGAACAGUAUCGCUUGGGACAAAUCACCAAGGAAAGGAUGCUCAUCAUCAUCAUCGAAAUCAUCGAACAAAGAGAGACUCUGAAGCUGGAGCAGGGCAUGUCAUGUGAUGUGAUCAGGAGAAGAGUCACUAUCGAGGAGCUGUACAGCGCUCGAAUUAUUGACCUUCACACAUACAACCUCCUGAAGCAAGAGAAGAUGAGUAUCCGAGAGGUGAUGGAGAUGCCAUCGGUCAAGCAGUACCUCUUUGGGACAGGUUGCAUUGCAGGGAUUUUAUCAGACAGUCCUCCUAAAAUCAGCAUUUACCAGGCCAUGAAGAAUGGCAAAGUUAAGCUUGAAGUUGCUUUGAAACUUCUUGAGGCCCAGGCAGCAACGGGAUUCAUGAUUGAUCCAGUGAAAGACGAGCUCCUAACAGUUGAUGAAGCUGUACGUAAGGGCCUUGUUGGCCCUGAGCUCCAUGACAAACUCCUCUCAGCUGAGCGUGCGGUAACAGGAUACAGGGAUCCAUACAGUGGGAAGGUGAUUUCUCUCUUCCAGGCCAUGAAAAAAGGCCUGGUUCCUGAAGAUUAUGCCUUAAGGCUUCUGGAGGCACAGAAUGCCACUGGAGGUCUGAUGGAUCCUGAAUACUACUUUCACCUUCCUGUAGAUGUUGCAAUGCAGCGCGGAUACAUUAAUAAGGAAACGCUUGACCGGAUAACCGAACCUACGGCGGAUGUUAGAGGUUACAUCGACCCAGCGACAGAUGAGGAGCAGACCUAUGCACAGCUGCUGAAGAGAUGCAGGGUUGAUAAAGAAAGUGGAAUGCGGUUGCUGUCCCUGGCCGGCAGUCAGCUCUUCAAGGGUCUCAGAAGACAAAUCACUGCAGACGAGCUCCUUCGUUCACAAAUUAUUGACCAAAAGACCUACAACGAUCUCACUGAUGGCCUCAUCACAGUGGAGGAGAUCAGCAGAGGACUGAAGAAGUACCUUGAGGGCACCAGCUGUAUAGCAGGUGUGUAUGUCGAGUCUACCAAAGAUCGCCUUUCUAUCUACCAAGCAAUGAAAAAGAACAUGAUCCGGCCAGGAACAGCCUUUGAGCUGCUUGAGGCUCAAGCUGCAACAGGAUACAUCAUCGACCCCAUCAAGAACCUCAAACUGAAUGUCACAGAAGCUGUUAAGUUGGGUGUCGUUGGCCCAGAAUUUAAAGACAAACUCCUCUCAGCUGAACGAGCAGUCACAGGCUACAGAGACCCUUACUCUGGACAGAUUGUCUCGCUUUUUCAGGCGAUGAAAAAGGAUCUCAUCCUAAAAGACCAUGGCAUUCGGCUGCUUGAGGCCCAGAUCGCCACCGGAGGCAUUAUCGAUCCCCAGGGGAGUUACCGUUUGCCAGUGGAGACGGCAUAUGAGCGUGGCCUUUUUGACGAGGAAAUGAAUACGAUCCUCACAGAUCCCUCAGAUGACACAAAGGGCUUCUUUGACCCAAACACAGAGGAAAACCUCACCUACCUGCAACUGAUAGAGAGGUGUAUGACGGAUCCAGAAACCGGCUUUCGUCUGCUGCUGAUGAAGGAGAAGAAACGUGAGAGGAAGACGUCGUCCAAGUCUUCGGUUCGUAAGCGAAGGGUUGUCAUCGUUGAUCCAGAGUCUGGCAAGGAGAUGUCCGUUUAUGAAGCAUAUCAGAAAGGUCUGAUUGAUCACCAGACCUACAUAGAGCUCUCAGAGCAGGAGUGCGAAUGGGAGGAGAUAACGAUAACUUCAUCUGAUGGAGUGGUAAAGUCCAUGAUCAUCGACAGAAGGUCUGGACGGCAGUAUGACAUUGAUGAUGCAAUCUCAAAAGGCCUGAUAGAUAAGUCUGCACUGGAUCAGUACCGAGCAGGAUCCCUGUCCAUUACAGAGUUUGCAGACAUGCUCUCUGGAAACAUGAGUGGAAGCAGAUCACGUUCCUCCUCCUUUGGCUCCUCCUCCUCCUAUACCUCAAGCCCAGUACCUUCCAUUAAAACACCAGCAACCACCUGGAAUGACCCAUCUGAGGAAACUGGACCUGUAGCUGGAAUAUUAGACACAGACACACUGGAAAAGGUUUCUGUCACCGAGGCCAUUCACCGAAACCUGGUUGACAACAUAACAGGUCAACGGUUACUGGAAGCUCAGGCCUGCACUGGUGGGAUUAUUGACCCAAACACAGGAGAGAAGUUCUCUGUAGCUGAUGCGAUGAAUAAAGGACUUGUGGAUAAAAUCAUGGUGGACCGCAUCAGUUUAGCCCAGAAGGCGUACAAUGGAUUUGAGGAUCCCAGAACCAAAACCAGAAUGUCUGCUGCCCAAGCCCUGAAGAAAGGAUGGCUUUACUACGAAGCCGGACAGCGGUUCCUUGAGGUCCAGUAUCUUACUGGUGGGCUUAUUGAGCCAGAUGCCUCAGGCAGAGUCUCCAUUGAUGAGGCUAUGAAGAAGGGCACCUUAGACACCCGCACAGCCCAGAAGUUAAGAGAUGUCAGCGCAUAUUCAAAAUACCUCACCUGCCCAAAAACCAAGCUCAAGAUCUCCUACAAGGAUGCCAUGGAAAGAAGCAUGAUUGAGGAAGGAACCGGUCUGCGGCUGCUCGAAGCAUCGUCUCAGUCCACCAAAGGCCUUUACAGCCCGUACAGCAUCAGCGGUUCUGGCUCUGCUACCGGAUCACGAUCCGGUUCCAGAACCGGCUCCAGAUCAGGCUCCAGGAGAGGCAGCUUUGAUGCCACGGGAUCCAGUUUCACAACGACCUUCUCGUCGUCCUCCUACGGUUCUCCGAGCUAUAGCCGGCGCUACUGAGGACGGAUGUGCUUUAAAAUCACAACGCUCACCAGAUGCCUACUUCCCUGUGGAAUAAUAACUUCUUUUAUUUUGUUCUGCAUGGGGUUGUUACAACACUUGCAAUUUUUUUAUUUUCUACCAGCUUAUUUUUUUUUGGUUUAUUGUAUAUUUGACUCCUCAUUAGAUUCAUGAUCUUGUACUGUAAGCAGUACAAUUGUCUUGGUUUUGACUUUUUUUAAUAUUCAUUUUAAGAUACGUAUUUAGUCUUCCACAAACAUACAAUCAUUUCCCAAAACCUACUGUCGGACUGUUAACCCAACCAAAUCGGAUGUACAAACUAAGGUUUCUGUCCAUGUGUAUAUUUCUGAAAAGUCAAGAGAAAACUCUUCUCUGCAGAGCAGAAUAUGGAGUCAAUGGAUAGUCUGCUUAAAGGAUGCCAAGCUUCAAUAUCUUUCCUCUCCUGGGCUUCACUGCCAUAUUUACUCUGAAAUGCAUAAACUCAGCUUCAUCACCAGGUUCUGAGCGCUGCAGUUAGAGCGACGUGUGCUCACAGUGCAACAGGCACCAAGCAAGGAACAUCUGCCAGUUUGACUCGGAUUGUCUAAAUUCCUGCUUUUCCUGGAGGCACAGAGAGACGAUUAUAAAGAGAAACUUUGGAUUUAGUUUGAUAUCCGAUUUCGAGGAUCGAGUGUGUUGAAUAUCUGUGUGCGCUACUCGGACUCGUCUAUCCGGGAGCCAAACGAGUAAAAGAGGGAUAUGAAGCUAACUAGAGGGAAACGCGCUGCCUUGGUAAUUUGUGCAGUUUUGUGCAGAACGCCCUAAAAAGAAAAGGCGACGACGUAGCUACUACGAUAGGAACUACUCUGGUAGCUACUUCGGUCAGUCAGUUACAGAAAGAACUCUAUGUAACUCGCGUUCCCACCAUGCUUCUGUGUUUUUGUCUGAGAGGAAGAAGAAGAAUCCUAGUUUGCGUUGUCACUACCCGAUCCGUCCCGGGAGCACGAUCCGUCCUGCGCAAACAGAAUAACUUCUGGGUAGGCGAAUACUUAGUUUUUCUUACUUUUUUAUUAUUUUGUCCUUUUCGUGCCGGAGGGCUACCCACCUCUCCCCAUUUAUAUCACGGUCUAACUGUUACUUUGUUCACCUGAAACUGACCUUUUUUUAGUUUUGUUAUCGAUCAGGUAAAACUUCAUUGGUCAUUAGACACGCUAACGCUACAGAUGCUCCAGACUCGGCAUACCGACGCUGCCUGAUGUUGUUAUCGUUGUCUAGGCAACCACAAUGUUUGACAUCAUGUGGCAACGUUCAGCCAAUCACGUAGCGUAACGUCACUUGCAGGAAGCAGGAAGCAGGACCGGAGCAGAUCUGGUAGCUACAGCGGCUUUAAAACGCCACAUCGCUGAAACACCAGCGCUGCUCUGCUGCUCGGUUCGGUCGCGUUGCUCUAAAAAUCUGCAGAAGACUCUUUGAGCUUUGGUUGUUCAGAGAAGCAUCCAACUGAUGCAUGACUGAAAGCUCAGCUUAAAAACAGCUUCCAGCCAUAAAAACCCUGCUGGUUACAGACGUCAGGCCUUCUUUAGCCCAGGUUAACGUCACUCAUCCAGAGUUUUAAUCCAUAAACUUCGUAUUCAGACUGUAGGGAUGAUAAAUGAACAGCAGGAAAAGCCAUAAGUUAACAUUUUUUGAGGAAGAUCUUUAAGCUUUGCAGCACAUCCAGUAUUUGUAUUCGACACUAAAUGUACUUAUUUCAUGUUAAAUCUUCUUUGUAAAGCAGCCCAUUGAUCUAUAUCUCAUUUUAUUUUCAUAUUCUAUAUUUCUGCUUCGCAUGAUUUACUAACAUAUAAUAGAAGCAGCAGGUAUUAUAUCCUUCCAAGCUUAUUUUUUGCUGUUUCUAGAGGCUUGAAGGAUUGUAUCUUAGUGAGGGUUCAUCAAGCCUUGUUUGGUGUAUUUAUAAAAAUAAAAAU